AUGGCGCUGUCGAGCGGCGCGGUCGUGGACAAAAUCCGGCUCAUCGUGCGCCAGCGGCGCGUGCGGCUCAUCGAGUUCUUCCUGAGCUUCGACUCGACGGGCAAGAAGCACUGCACGCCGGCCCAGUUCCGGCGGGCGCUCGACAUGAGCGGCGUGACGCGGGAGAUGGCGACGGUGGGCGAGGACGAGCUCUACGCCCUCGUCGGCGACUACACGAGCGCCUCGGACCCGGGCAAGGUGCGCUACGCGGAUUUCUGCGACGACGUCGACGAGGUCUUCACGAUCAAGGGCCUCCAGAAGACGCCCCUGAGCCCCGUGAAGCUCGCGCUCGACGACGAGCCCAUCUACUACUCGCGCAUCGGCCUGCGCCACCCGCGCCUCGACGACGCGGCCAUCGCGGCGCUGCGGCAGACGCUGCUGGCUCUGGGCCGGUCGGUCUCCGCGUCGGGCGUCGUCAUCAAGGACUUCUUCGUCGACUUCGACCACAACAACGACGGCUGCAUCACGCGGGCGGAGUUCAUGCGCAACGUCCACCGGCUCCACCGGCGCAUGACGAACACGACCGCGGAGCAGCUCGCGUCCGCCUACGCCGUCCCCCAGGGCGUCCACUUCCGCGCGCUCCAGGCCGACGUCGAGGCUUUGGGCGUGGGCCACGUGUCGACCUUCAACAUCGGCACGCCCAAGGCCGGCGAGGUCGGGCGCGCCAAGUCCAUUUCCGGACGGCUGAACGCGAACGCGGAGGAUUAUAGGGUCUGGGCCGAGGACCGCGACGGCGAGCUCGCGGGGCUGGAGCGCAAGCUCGCGCUCCAGGUGUCGGAGCGGCGCAUCCGCCUCGCCGAGUUCUUCCUGGAUUUCGACCCCCUGCGCCACGGCACGUGCCCCGAGCCCAAGUUCGUCCAGGGCCUCCGGCGGACGUUCACGACGAAGCUGUCGCCGGCGGCCGUCGGCGCGCUCGCGGAGAAGUACCGCGCGGCGCCGGACGUCGUCUCCUGGCGGUCCUUCGUGGACGCCAUCGAGGGCAUCAUGGCAGACCUGUGCGGCCCGGAGAAGGAGGCGUCGAGCGUGCGCUGGUGCGCGAAGCCCUCGUCGGGCCUCGAGGCCAUCCUCUUCGAGAUCCGCGACAAGAUCAAGAAGCGCCGCGUGCUCCUCGUGCCCACGUUCCAGGACUUCGACCCGCGGCGCAACGAGCACGUCACCCGAGACCAGUUCGAGCGCGUGCUCGCGCAGUUUGGCCUCCUGCCGGACACGCGCGCGAAGCUCAAGGCUUUGCUCGCCGCGUACGCGGCGCAGGACGGCCGCCACCCGGCGGACCACUACGUCAACUACCGGAGCUUCCUCGGCGACGUCACGGACAAGCCCCUGGGCCCCGCGGACGAGGCCGCGCCGAGCCCGCUCGCGGACGCGCCCGGGUCCACGGGCUUCCCCAGGGCCAUGUCCGCGUCGCUGCCGUCGCUCACGACAUCAACCACGGGCGAGAUGGACGUGCCGCCGCUGCGCCCGGCGCCCGUGCUCCUCCAGCACGUGCGCCAGAAGGUGCUCCAGAACCGCGUCCGCCUGUGCGUGCGCCUCAAGGAGUUCUUCCGCGACGACGACCCGUUGCACCGCGGCGUCGUCACGCGGUCCCAGUUCUACCGGGGCCUGCGCGCCGCCGUCGACGGCAUCGUGUCCGCCGAGGAGGCGGAGGUGUUGAGCGACGCCUACACGGCCGUCGGCGGCGCGCUGGACACGCACGGCAUGCCGUUCGUGAAAUGGGUCGAGUUCGUGACGGACGUCGACCGCGUCUUCGUGCCGGAGGGCCUGGAGAAGCGGCCCAUGGCCGACGUCGCCGCGGAGACGGCGGCGGCGCGCGCGGGCGAGGAUCUGAACGACGCCACGGUCAUGUCGCUGACCGCGGGCGCGACGGACGACGUAUUGGACGCCGCGCAGCCGGCGAUCGCGCGGCUGUCGCACAUCGUCAAGGUCCAGGGCCUGGAGAUGCAGCCCUUCUUCGAGGACUUCGACAAGGCGAACUCGGGCCGCGUGCGCGAGACCCACUUCCGCCGCGUGCUGUCCAUGGUCGGCUUGCUAGGCGAGAUGUCCGCGGACGAGCUCGCGGCGCUGGUCGCGUCGUGCGUCGACAAGCCGCCCUUCUCCCUCGCGGCGGUCGCGUCCCACUCGCGGGACACGCUGAGCAGCGCGGACAUCAACUACGACAAGUUUUUGUCGUUGAUCGGGUCCGUGGGAUCCCACGGCUUCUCGGGCACGCACAGCGACAAGCAGAAGGAGUUCCCCACGGGCAAGCGGCUCAAGAAGUCCGUCGCUUUGCCCGUCGUCGACGUCGUCGCGGUCAUCGACGACCUGGUGUCCCAGCUCGCCGCGCGGCGCGCGCGGCUCCAGGACUUCCUCACGGACGGCGACAAGCUCCGAUCCGGCGAGAUCUCCAUCGCGCGGUUCAAGUCCGCGCUGGGCCGCGCGGGCCUGACGCUCACCGAGGCGACGCUCGUGGCGCUGACGAAGCGCUUCCAGUCCUCGAAGCACAGCGACUGCAUCAACUGGCGCGCGUUCGUGACGGCCUUGGAGAACUCGCACUACGCGGGGCCCGUCGAGCACACGCCCGCGUCCAUCGAGAGCGCGAACCACUGCGAGAGCGACCCCCAGCUGCUGACCCUGCUCGGCAAGCUCCGGACCAUCAUCGCCGAGCGGCGCCUCCACCUCAAACCCUCCUUCCAGGACUACGACAAGCACAACCGGCUCUGCUGCAGCAAGGAGCAGCUCGCGGCCGUCAUGGACAAGAUGCAGCUCAAGACGACGGCGACGGACAACGACCUGCUCUUCAAGGCGUUCAAGGUGCCCGAGGGCCUCCACCCCGUCGGCAAGGACUUCUUCGACUACAAGGCCUUCGUCGGCUCCAUCGACCCCAUGGAGCGCUUCUAG